AACCUAGAAACCGAAUCGAAGCGGAAACCAGAAGGAAAACCUUGAACUCCUCCAGACAAUUGCUUCCGGGGAGUUCCAGGAGAGCGUGGGGGAAUAAAGGGCCCGAGAGGAGGGCCCCUCGGAUGGCGCGUCCCUGAGGGUCCCGGCGAGUUCGAGGAGCGUGGGAAGGAGAGGACCCUACCCUCUCCCUGGGCUGCAGGUCAUGGCCACCGUGGAGCCGAAAGCCCUCGGCAUUGGCUUCAAGUGGCUCUCUUUAGCCACUUUUGUGCUCCUCUGCGCCGGGCACGGGGGACGCAGGGAGGAAGGGGGUCCAGCCUGCUACGGGGGAUUUGACCUGUACUUCAUUUUGGACAAAUCAGGAAGUGUGAUGCACCACUGGAAUGAGAUCUAUUACUUUGUGGAACAGUUGGCUCAUAAGUUCAUCAGCCCACAGCUAAGAAUGUCCUUUAUUGUCUUCUCUACUCAAGGAACAACCCUAAUGAAGCUAACAGAAGAUAGGGAACAGAUUCGUCAAGGCCUUGAGGAACUCCAGAAGGUCCUGCCAGGAGGAGAUACUUACAUGCAUGAAGGAUUUCAGAGGGCCAGCGAGCAGAUUUAUUAUGAAAACAGUCAAGGAUACAGGACGGCCAGCGUCAUCAUUGCUCUGACUGAUGGAGAACUCCAUGAAGAUCUCUUUUACUAUUCAGAGAGGGAGGCUAACAGAUCCCGAGACCUUGGUGCAAUUGUUUACUGUGUCGGGGUAAAGGAUUUCAACGAAACACAGCUGGCCCGGAUUGCGGACAGCAAGGAUCACGUAUUUCCCGUAAAUGACGGCUUUCAGGCUCUGCAAGGCAUCAUCAACUCAAUUUUGAAGAAGUCCUGCAUUGAAAUUCUAGCAGCUGAACCAUCCACCAUAUGUGCAGGAGAAUCAUUUCAAGUGGUCGUAAGAGGAAACGGCUUUCGACACGCUCGCAACGUGGACCGGGUCCUCUGCAGCUUCAAGAUCAACGAGUCGGUCACGCUCAAUGAGAAGCCCUUUGCUGUGGAAGAUACUUAUUUGCUGUGCCCAGCACCCAUCCUAAAAGAAGUUGGCAUGAAAGCCGCACUCCAGGUCAGCAUGAACGAUGGCCUGUCUUUCAUCUCCAGUUCUGUCAUCAUCACCACCACACACUGUUCCGAUGGCUCCAUCCUGGCGAUCGCCCUGCUCAUCCUGUUCCUGCUCCUGGCCCUGGCUCUCCUCUGGUGGUUCUGGCCCCUCUGCUGCACCGUGAUUAUCAAGGAGAUGCCUCCACCUCCUGCUGAGGAAAGUGAGGAGGAAGAUGAUGAUGGUCUCCCUAAGAAAAAGUGGCCUACGGUGGAUGCCUCUUAUUAUGGUGGGCGAGGUGUUGGAGGCAUUAAAAGGAUGGAGGUCCGUUGGGGAGAAAAGGGCUCCACAGAAGAAGGUGCUAAGUUGGAAAAGGCAAAGAAUGCGAGAGUCAAGAUGCCAGAGCAGGAGUACGAGUUCCCUGAGCCUCGAAAUCUCAACAACAACAUGCGGCGUCCCUCCUCCCCACCGAAGUGGUACUCUCCGAUCAAGGGAAAACUCGAUGCCUUGUGGGUCCUGCUAAGGAAAGGAUAUGACCGCGUGUCCGUGAUGCGUCCACAGCCAGGAGACACGGGGCGCUGUAUCAACUUUACCAGAGUCAAGAACAACCAGCCCGCCAAGUACCCCCUCAACAACGCCUACCACACCAACUCGCCGCCUCCUGCCCCCAUCUACACCCCCCCACCUCCUGCUCCCCACUGCCCUCCCCCACCCCCCAGUGCUCCCACUCCUCCAAUUCCAUCCCCACCUUCCACCCUUCCCCCUCCCCCUCAGGCUCCACCUCCCAACAGGGCACCACCCCCCUCCCGGCCUCCUCCUAGGCCUUCCGUCUAGAACCCAAAGUUCAUGCUCUGGGCUCUCUCAGAAACUUUAGGGAGGAGGCUCCUCUGUGGUGUUAGAACGAGUCUUUCCAGUUAAAGGAGGCUUCUGCUUUGGAAAUGAGUGGUGACAAAGCCCACUAACGUUCACACAUUUUAAAAACUGGUUUAUAAUGCCAAUGUGCCGACAAUUGUGAUCAGCGGAAAGAAAUCGAAAUGUUGAAAUGCCUGAAAACAAAUGACAAGGCAACUGCAGUCACAAUUAUAGCCAGCCAGCCAUCACCUCUAGAGGGUUCCAGAGACAGUGAAACUGCUGAGAUGCUCCAAAUGGGAUUGUGUCUCAUGGAGACCAAUAAGAAAUCAUUUCUCUGAGGGUGAGAUGCGAAGUCGGAUAAGAAAUAACAUUGCUGAGUUUCUAAAUGCUGCUUUCUCGCCUCCACUCCAACUCCAUCAUUUAACCUUGGACCCUUGGACCCUUGGCCCAGGCACCAAGGAAUCCUCACCCCUGUGCACCACCCAGGAAGGUGGAAACCCUUUGCCUACUCAUUUAGGGGAAGCUUGGAGUAGCCACUGUGGCAAGAAACUCAACCUCAGACAGAUAUCCAAAAGUAUGUCUUACUGGGAUUUUCAGAGGAGUAAAAACACACCAUGUUUUCCUUCCAAAUUCUCCCAGUUUCCAAGUGAGGAAGAGAGCAGGUGUUCACUGAUGGAAAAAGAAGGCAGUUAUGGAUCUCCAGUGCCUCUGAGUCAUUAUUAAAAAAAAUUACUAAUCGCUCUACCAUGCUGUAGGAGACCAGGCUAAGACUGUACAAUGACGAACUCUGGAAGUUGCUUUUUAUAAAAAAAAAUAAUAAAUUCCUAAAAUCAA